AUGGCGGCCUGCGCUCCAGAUAUGGAAGACAAGUUUCUCGAUGUCCUACGCCCACAUCUGGCAAGACCAAGAAGCAAGUCUUUGGGUGAUCUCGAUGACCGACAAAGUCUGGCAUGUGUUCCAGCAGCUCUAGAGCAAUUACAGGAACAUGCUACACUUUCGAGCAAUAGAUCAAGAUCUGCCUGUGGACAUCUCUACUCGGCCUUUCCUCGUGAAUUUUCCGGCACUUUUGCACACGACAAGACUCUGAUCAAUACCAAUAUUCAGGAGGACAUGUUAUCAGCAUACGAAGAGGUGCAGGAAGACAGCCCCGAAAACAUCCAUGAAGAAGCAAGCUCGCCAACAACUCUACAAGAUAACGAAGAUGAUGAAGGCGAAAACAACUGGUCAUCAAACAGUUCUGCCGAGUCAUCACAAGAUCAAGACACCUCUUUCUGGUCCAACGCCACAGACCCUCGGUCUCCAUCCACCCCAGAGACACCAACAACUCACACAGAACCUCCCAUACCUCUACCAACCCCAAACACACUAACAUCAACUUAUCUCCCCUUCUCCUCCCACCUCGCACUAACAAACCACUUUACCCUUUCAACCUUGCACUCCUUCGUCCCGAUUUUCUUGCACAGUAUGCUUCAACUGCCCUGCACACUCUCCACCCUCCUCAACCUGCGCACAUCAGAAGUUGUAUGCCGUCUCACUCCCGCCAUCCUACUCGACCACACAACAUACCUGGACGCCGAAAAUCUGCUGCCCUCACUGGUCGAGUCUACGGCAUUUUCGACUUAUCAUCAGGUGCAAGGGCUGCUCUAUUUCCCUGAGGACGCUGGAGUUGUGGAGAAGAUUGGGGAGUUUUUUGCUGUUCAUUGCAAGGCAGAGAUCAAGAUGAGAAAGGCUACUGCGCAGGUUGAGGAUACCAAGGGGAAGCGUCAUGAUAUCACUGCUUGGGCGUGGGUGGCUACGGCUGUUGAAGGCGAAGAGCAGUGGUGGACUUUGGAAGAUUUCGUUGCCGGUAGGAUCAUUGGAUUCGAGAGCGUCGAGUGGUGA